AUGUCCCACCAAGCAGACGCCAAGCGCCUCUUCGACUCCCGCGGCUACACCGGCGCCACGAUCCACAACCAGAACCCCGUCCACCUGCUCGAGAAGCCCGUCCGGGACCGCAUUAUCGAAUCCUACUACUGGAAAGAACAGUGCUUCGCCGUCAACGAAGCCACCCUCUGUGACCGCGCCGCCGCUCUCACCUUCAUCGGCGGCACGUACGGCCAGCAGAAACCUACGCCCUUCCUGUGCCUUGCGAUGAAAUUGCUGCAGCUGAUGCCGGAGAGGGACAUCGUGCUCGAGUAUCUGCGGCAGGAGGAAUUCAAAUAUUUGAGUGCGCUGGCUGCGUUUUACAUACGGUUGACGUUUGAGGCGAAGGAGGUGUACGGGAUUCUAGAGCCGCUGUUGGGGGAUUGGAGGAAGCUGAGGAGGAGGACGAGGGACGGAGGUUAUGCGUUGACGUACAUCGAUCAAUUCGUUGAUGAUCUUUUGACCAAGGACCGGGUGUGCGGAACUAGUUUGAGGAAGCUGCCGCAGAGGACCGUGCUGGAGGAUCUGGGGGUGUUGGAGGUUAGGGAGAGUGCUUUGGGGGAAGAGUUGGAGGGGUUGGAUGACGACGAGGAUGAGGUGGUGGAGGUGGAGGUGGAGGUCAAUGAGGGUGAAGAGGAGGAUAUGUCUACGCCAGAACGGAAUGGCAAUGGGGUGGUGCAUAGUGACAGUGAGGGUUGA